UGUUUGCCGUGGACGCGUGUACUCGGAGACUCCAACGACAAUAGAGGGCGACAUGGAGGCUUUGGGAGAAAAUCUAAAGGUGAUGGUUAAAAUCUUCAGGCGAGAGUGCCACAGGGUUUUGCCCUCUGAGAGGACCACCAUUCAUGGAGCUGAUGGCAUGUUGAUGUUGCUGCAGCUGGCCAUGGCAGAGGUUAGCAAGCAGCGCGCUGGAGAGUUCAAAGUGGCUCUGAGUGAUGUCCUGAUGGCCUGGAAACACUUACUGCUAGACAAACUUCACCUGCCACCCCCAAACUUUGCACGCCUGGAGAACUAUGAUCUCAUCCUGGAGGCGUACGAAUCCUCCCUGAAACGCUCCAACGCCGUGGACCUGGUUGAUGUCCUCUCCAUGUACAACCAGCUGAGACUAGUGGACUCGGACCCGGGGGAGCCCGUGAGCCCGAUCCAGCUGUUUGAGUUCUUAUCCGGAAACACGGAGGUGUCAGAGUUGCCCGACCCUUCAGUCCCGUCAACGCCGUCUCGUAAAAGCACAACCUGCAGCUCCCAGGUGACAAUGGCGGUGAGGCGGGUCUUCUGCUCCUACCUGAGUCUGCUCACGAACGCCAAGAACGACAUGGCCUUGGCGCUGACCCUCGACGUCCCCGGUCGCGCUCUCGGACGCCAGGCGUUCACCGACGUGAAGCAUGCGGCGCGCGACAACAACACCUCUCUUUUCUUGGCGGUGACGUCUUUCGUGAGGGUCAUCCAGCUCGGAGGGAGGGGCUACGCUCCGGCGGAGUCUGACCCCCUGAGGAAACAUGUCAAAGGCCUGUCUGACUUUGUCCAGUUUCUAGACAACCUGGAAGAAAUACUGGGAGAAGUCCCUGACCCGAGUGCGUGUGGAGCCCGGCUGGCGGGCGCCAUCCGGGCGCUGCUGGUGAAGGGACGCAGCGGCGGAGACGCCGUGAGCGCCGCGGCGGACGAGACGACAAAGGAGCUGAAGGAGAGGAUCUGCCAGCUCCACCAGGUCCAGACGCACACCGCCAAUGGAAGCGGGACGGAGAUAAGCCCCGCCAGGCCCAGGGCUCACGCAGUCAACCACUGCACUGCGUUGGGAGGCCGGGACACCGUGAAGGUGCUGAUGGCGCUGCUGGACGAGGAGGCGCUGACGCCGCCGUGUCGGAACAAGGCCGACCUGCUGUCGGAGGACCAGCCCGUCCUCGGUGGGGAGGAGGGCACCUGCGUCCUGGGCCUGUUCAGAUCCCCCGAAGUGCCGACUGGAUGUUCUCCAGAACCUCUAAAGAGCCGAGUCCUGACCCGACUAGACCUGCUCAAGCCCAAGGCCAAAGACGGAGGAGUUCGAUCCCAGUUUGCGUGCACGUACAAAGAGGAUGAAAUGCCACUCAACCGGGUGCUGGAGUUCCCCAGCGCCAGCCAGGUGCCUUCCUGUGUGCACCCGGCACCCAAACACCAAGCCCUCCCGGCUGAUGUGGAGGAGACGCCCACCGAAGCCAAGUCUACUUCUGAAUGCCCGAAUAAGGAGCCGAGCGCCGUGCGGCGGGGUGCCGCUCUCGGGCCAAGAAGUGGAAACGUCCAAACCGGAGGGGCGGGCUCCGGUGACGGAAAGCCACCUGUCACUCGGACGCAGCGAAAGGGCAACAAGAGGAAGCAGGUGGACUCCGACCGACGCGGAGGAUCGGAGAACGAGCCGCCGCAGAAGAAACCGCCGGCUUGUGUCUCGGUCAAAGUGCCCGGCAAGAGCGGCGGCAAGGCCGCGAGUAAGAAGAAGCUGAUAGCCGGACAGGGAAAGCUAACCGGCUUCUUCAGGGUCUAAUGGUUGUUUGAACCGUUCAAGCACGCUAAAUAUGAAGCUAAAAAGGUGCUAAGAUUAAUUCCACAUCAAGCGAAGCUAGCCGGGGCGCUACAACAAAGUUAAUUAGUUAACAUUCAGAGGUGCUUGAAAGCAGAUUGUUUAAAACUUUAGGCGGAGCCAGGAAAACCAUUUCCCCCUCCAGUCAUUAUGCUAAGCUAAGCUAAGCUAAGCUAAUUGCCCUUUGGCUGUAGCUUCAUAUGCAGCAUGUGUGGCGUCAAUCUUCUCGUUCAACACUCCCGAGUUUAAGAGGGUGAACAUGUUCGUAUAACGUCUCAAAUUAAUUACGUGAGUUCGCUGUUUCAGCACUUUUUGAUUGCAAAAUGAUGUUAACUGUGAAUGUUGCAUUGAUAGCUUAGCUUAUUUUAGCAAUGUGUAGAAGACGUUGGUGGCAUCAUUGAGACUCAUUGCACUUUCAUCAUCAAGAUGAGUUUAUUUAAUCUCUUAACUGUAUAUAUUUGAUCUUAUUCAACCUGCAAAAUUGACUUUGUAAACAUGAUGUGCACUUUUCAAUUUUAAUAAACCUUUUUUUAAAUUUUGUUUUA